CUCUACUCGAAAAUUACAAAGAUUGGAUUUGGACUUGGCAACCGAAGGACAUACUAGUGCUCUUGGAAUUCUUGAAAUUUUCUCAAGGAAGCAAAAUUAAAAAUAAGAGUAGAAAACUAGAAACAUAUAAGGGAUUUUGUGUUCCUCCAUUAUACUCUACAGAGUAGAAACAAGAAGCAAGUAGAAGCAGCAGCAGCAGCAGCAGCAGCAGCAGAAGAAGAAGAGAAAGAGAUGGAUCAGAUAAAGCACAAGACCUUAUUCUUGAACGGCAUAAACAUGCACGUAGCAGAGAUAGGCCAAGGCCCACCAGUCCUAUUCCUCCACGGAUUCCCAGAACUCUGGUACUCUUGGCGCCACCAGAUGCUCUCUCUCUCCUCCCUCGGCUACCGCUCCAUCGCCCCAGACCUCCGCGGCUACGGCGACACAGACGCGCCGCCUUCCGCCGCCAGCUACACCGCCCUCCACAUCGUCGGAGACCUCGUGGCCCUCCUCGACGCCCUGGCCCUGGACCGGGUCUUCUUAGUGGGCCACGAUUGGGGGGCCGUCGUCGCCUGGUACUUCUGCUUGCUCCGGCCCGACCGGAUUCGGGCUCUGGUUAAUAUGAGCGUUGUUUUUAGUCCCAGAAACCCUAAGAGAAAACCCAUCGAGUCGUUGCGAGCUGCUUUUGGUGAUGAUUACUAUAUCUGCCGGUUUCAGGAACCUGGAGAGGCAGAAGAGGAGUUUGGGCGUGUUGACACUGCAAGGAUAAUAAAGAAAUUUCUGAUAUCUCGAAAACCAGGUCCACUUUGUGUACCUAAAUCAGUGGGGUUUGGGGGUUCACCCCAUAAUCCAAUUACAUUGCCAUCUUGGCUUUCAGAGGAGGAUGUGAAUUAUUAUGCCACAAAAUUUAAUCAGACAGGUUUCACCGGCGGUUUGAAUUACUACCGAGCUAUGGAUUUAACCUGGGAGCUAACAGCUCAAUGGACUGGUUUACAAAUAAAGGUGCCAGUUAAAUUUAUUGUGGGCAACGAGGAUCUGACCUAUACCACCCCAGGUGUCAAAGAAUAUAUACAUAAUGGCGGUUUCAAAAGGAAUGUUCCCUUUUUACAGGAACUAGUCGUAAUGGAAGGAGUAGCUCACUUCCUCAACCAAGAAAAGCCAGAGGAUAUCAGCGCACACAUCUACGAAUUCAUCCAGAGGUUUUGAUGCAAGCUUACUGUCUGAAUUACUGAUGCAGCUUAACUGCCAGGAUGCCAUUUUUACAUUUCAUAGAAACCUGCUAAUUUCAAGGAAUAAAGAGUGAUCAUGCGUUUUUUGAAAGCUCAGGAUCAUAAUUGACAUGUUACUCUGGAUACUUGUUUGUUGCCCAUAAUUUGCCAUCCUCAUAAGUCAUAAGGAAUGGAUAGUUGUUUAUAAAAAAAGAAAAGAAUGGAUAGUUCAUGUGUUUUGAAAAAACUCUGACCCACUUCAAAUAAAAGGCCACUACCCAUGUCUAGAGGUUUCCUCUUGAAGAAAGAGGACCAAGCUUACUGACUUAUUGUAUACAUUUUAGGCAGCCGAAAUCACCGCCACUGGGACUUGUUAGUUUCUUCUUCCGUAAUAGGACCGAACUUCUUCCUAAAAUUUGGCCUCCUGACUUCUUUGUGUUUGGUCUAAAAAUGAGUAUUCCAAAUUAUUUGGCAUUAGGCUGCCUCACAUACCACCAAACUUCUUUUGGGAAUUGUUUUUCGCGCUCCAAAAAUUACUGUCGCUAUCUAUUUCUUUUUCGUCUUAAAACGCAUGCUGCAAAUUAAUUCGAGUUUAGUUGCCUUUUUGGAAUUUCAAACUGAAAAGAUAGGGGCAAUUGGAGGCAAAUUUUUGUGUUGGGUUUGUGAGAAGUGGACGCCGUAUUCCCUUUGUAGAAUGCAUUUUUGGGUAGAUUAGGCCGAACAUGAGCCA